CGGCAAUCAGUUCAUUCGUCUACAAGCAUGAAGCGACUUAGCUGGAUUACGUUCAUCUUUCUGCCACUAACAUUCAUAGGGACCUUGUUCGGCAUGAACAUCGACAUUUUAGACAAAGCGAAGCCUGCUUGGUGGACUUACAUCCCUUUCGCCACCGUUACCUCACUUCUGACAUCUGUUGUAUGGCUUAUCUUCAAAUUCACUGAGGUCAGUAGUAUCAAUAUCUCCCGUGAGCAUGGAUGAGCUGACCAUAAGCAACUACAGCUUGAGAAA